GCACCUGCUACGCGGGCCAGCAGAACACGGAGACGCUGGUGCGGUUCGUGUUGGUGCCGCAGUUCCUGUACCUGGUGACGGGGGCGACGCUGGUGCUGGUGGUGUUCGCGUGCCUGUGGCGGGCUCGAGGGCGGCUGCGGGAGGAAGGCAUGAAGACCGACAGGAUAGAUGUGACGGCCGCGCGCGUGGGCGUGGUGGCGGUGCUCUACAUGGUGCCGGCGACGUGUCAGGUGGGCGCGACCUUCUACGAGUACGUGGAGCGCGAGCGCUGGCUUCGCGACCCCAGCGUCCGGCCCAACAUGGAGGUCUUCAUGCUCAAGAUUUUCAUGUCGAUGGCGGUGGGGAUCAUGGGCGGCCUCUUCCUGGUGAACGGGCGUGUGCUCAACUCGUGGAAGCAGCUCUUCAGGAGAUUCAGCGCCCGUAAGCAGCCGCUGCCGGCGUACCUGCAGCAGCCGCACAUGCCGCAGCCGCACCACGUCCAUCUGCACCUCCACAAGCACCCGCCGACGCACUGCGUGUCCGCCGCCCACCACCGCCCGCACGACGGGCCGGCGGACGUCCACGGAUACGUGCCCAGGUACCCGCUGCCCGCGCCCACCAAGCACCACCACCAUUCCCACUCGGCGAGACACAAGUGCGGCUCGGAGACGCAAGUGUAACGCAGGAGGCGAGGGCGCGGUGGCUGGGCCUUGCGCCUGCGGCCCCCCCCCCCCCCCCCCCCUGCCAUGGGGAGGAACAUUAUCUAAGUCAUUGCAAGACUAGUUCAGCCAUGUCGGACGGGAGAAGCGUCCUCUUCGUAUCGCAGGACAUAAAUAGACUUUGAUGACGCAUGUGUUCACGGUAGUACAAGAUUACGCAGUUGAUGUGGGAAAAAAUGCUUCCAAAUGUGCCUGCCUGA